AUGAUGAUCCAUGAAAUGGAGGGAAAGCCUCUGAGUCUCAAUCGCUCCGGCGUCGACCUGCUGAGGAAAAUCAGAGUGAUCACGCGAUCAAUUGUUGAAGAUCUCUGCACCGGUCGAUUGCCAACCAUAUACAUCAAUCAGUUCAGCUCCUAUUGCCAUGAAGUUUCUGGAAACUGCUACUGCAGGCUUGGUUUGCCCAAAGGUAUGGAGAUUCUCACGCUGCGUAGCGAAAAACAAGCCCGUAGGAUGAAUGUACUGCUAAGGGUAUUGCUGAUAGUUCAACAACUUCUGCUGGAAAACAAGCAUGUGUCGAAACGAGAUAUUUAUUACAUGCACCCUUCGCUUUUCAAAGAUCAAUCUGUAGUUGAUGGGGCAAUUAAUGACAUUUGCAUUCUUCUGGAGUGCAGUCGCCACAACUUGAAUGUGGUGCUAUCCUCUCCCCUCUAUCAAUCCUUCCUAAAAUACAGGUUGGUAAUGGGUUGGCUGAGAUUUAAAGAAGCUGGAAGAGUAUUUGAUUGCAUCAGCAGUCCUAAUGUGGCGCACCAUAUUCCUGUCCAUGUAGAAGAUGUGGAAGAUAUAAUCUCUGUAUCAGAAUACAUCUUAGUUGUGGAGAAAGAAUCAGUAUUCCAGCGGCUGGCUAACGAUCAAUUUUGUAGACAAAACCGCUGUAUAGUUAUCACUGGAAGAGGUUACCCUGAUGUUCCCACCAGAAGAUUUUUGCACCUCCUUACUGAAAAAUUGUGCUUGCCUGUCUAUUGCUUGGUGGAUUGUGAUCCAUACGGCAUAGAUAUCUUGACUACGUACCGUUUUGGUUCUAUGCAAAUGGCUUACGACUCGAAAUCCCUUCGUCUCCCUGUGAUGCAUUGGCUCGGGGCCUUCCCAUCUGACAGUGAGAAAUAUGAAAUUCCCCAGCAGUGUCUCUUACCUUUGACGGCUGAAGAUAAGCAGAAAGCCAAAAGCAUGCUGAGUCGGUGUUACAUGGAACGGGAAGUCCCACAUUGGAGGUCUCAGCUCCAGCUGAUGCUGGAUAGAGAAGUCAAGUUCGAGAUUGAAGCAUUGUCAGCAAACUCGAUCACUUUCUUGUCAGAGAGUUAUGUCCCCUCCAAGAUUCGAAGGGGAGAUUACAUCUAA